AUGCCUAUUCCUCCUGAUGUAGUAAAAUGUUUCAAAUACAUAGAUUUACAAAGUAAAAAUUUUAUCGAAGAAUUAAGACAGAUUAUAAAAAUUCCAAACGUGAGUUCGAAUCCGGUAGCAAAAGGUGAUCUAAUAACUAUGAUUUAUUGGAUGUCUAAUCGGUUAAAACAAUUGGGUUUUCAAACUCAAUUAAAAGAGCCAGAUUAUGAAAAAUAUAAGGGAAAUAAACCAUUUAUUAUUAUAGCGAGUUUAGGGAAUUGUCCAAAAAAGAAAACACUUUUAUAUUAUUGUCAUCUCGAUGUAUUAAAAGUUUAUGAUUCAAAUUGGAAAAAUAAUCCUUUUGAAAUGAUCCAAAUGGAUGGAAAAUUAUAUGGACGAGGUACUGCAAAGAUGAAAGGUCCACUACUCUGUUUUAUUCAUGCUAUUGAGAGUUACGUUAAAGUAGGAAUUGAAGUACCUGUAAACAUAAAAAUAAUUUGUGAAUCAAUGAAUGAAUGUAGAAGUAAAGGACUGGUAAGUAUACUAAAUGAAUUAAAGGCAACCUUUCUUUCAAAAGUUGAUUGCGUGUUGCUAACCGACAGUCACUGGCUUGGCAAAGAAUAUCCGUGUAUAAUUUAUGGCACAAGGGGUGUUUGUUAUUUUAAUGUGAUCAUUGAAGGUCCAAAUCGGAAUCUUGAUAGUGGUAAUUUCGGGGGCAUUAUCUAUGAACCCAUGCAAGAUUUAUUGAACAUUAUAAAUGGUUUAAUAGAUUCUUCUGGACAUAUAAAUAUUCCUCAUUUUUAUGAUGAUGUUGUUCGAGUUACGCCCGAAGAGGAAAAAAUAUAUGAAAAGAUCAAAGUUUCCGUUCAUGAAUACAAACAAAAUGUAGGUGUAAAUCAUUUCGGACACAACGAAGAUAUGAAAACGAUGUUGAUGCAUGUUUGGAGACAUCCUUGGUUAAAUUUACAUUAUAUUAAGAGUUCAUGCGACGAUUGUAGUACUUUAGAUAUACCUAGUAAAAUUUUCUGCCGUUUUUCUAUACGUAUUGUACCUAAUCAAAGAUAUGAAAUAGUAUCAAAGUUGGUCAUUGAUUAUAUUCAUGAAUUAAUAAAAAAAUUAAAAACGCCAAAUAAAAUUGUAUUAGAUAUAGAAAAAUCUUCAGAUCCAUGGUAUGAGGAUAAUCAACAUUGGAAUUAUCAAGCUGCUAUUGCAGCAACUAAACAGGUUUAUAAAGAAGAGGUAAGUUUGAUUCGCGAGGGGAACGGUUUUCCUAUUCUUUUAAAUAUCCGCAACGCGCUUCCAAAACGCAACAUAUUAAUGCUACCAAUAGUUAGUUGCGAAGCCAAGACUCAUACCGAGGAAGAAAACAUAUCUUUACGUUGUUAUAUCGAAGGCACAAAACUUCUGGCUAGUUAUUUAUAUGAGCUCAACGUAGUUUCUACACAGUUAUCAUUAAGCAUGAAGAAUCCACCUAAAAACAUUUGUAGAAAUAAACUAACAGAUUUUAAAUAAUGUUGCCCUUUCCAUGAACAAAUCAUAUA